AACUCUGCGCAUAAAGGCGAUGAAAGUCUUUAGCAGAGUUAGCCAUAUUUGAUCAGGAACACAGACAGGUAAACUGCACUCUUGAUAACUGCUUCCACAACGCACUCUUCCGCCAUACGGGACUUGAUAAUGGAUCGCAGAAUCGCAACCUUAACGUUGCGUUAAAUAUAUAUAUACUACAUCUUUCAUAUGUAUUCUGCGUGGAUGUUCCCUAUAAACUUCGUUUUUUUUUUUCAGGGCUUGCACUAGCUUUAUGAACAACAGUCAAGACACUGAGGCUCUGACAUCCGUUCUUCCACGUUUACAAAAGCACGCCAGCAGCCUGCACAACCUAUCUCAGCGUGACCUGAUUACGGCCAUAGCGACAAUGUCGGCAGUGAACGGCAUCGACGUCCUCUUUGGCGUCGGGCUAGAAUUAUACGAGAAAAGCACGUACCCUGCCCUUUCGAGCGGACGCUCAAUUAGAAAAGCAUUCGAAGGCCUUCCCAAUUUUGAAGGUCACCUGGAGGAGGCUCUCUCAAAGAUGGCUACGAACGCGCCCGCGAAAAACUUGAUUGGUGACAUCCUGAAAAUCGACGACGUCGUGAACGCUGCCUUUGAAAACGACUCUGACACGAGGCUGCUUAACAUGAGCACGAUCACCGAGGCAGCUCGAGUAUUGGGGCAAGCAGAUUGGUCAUCUCUCUUUCAGAAGUACCUACGUGUGCCCCGUGCCGAACGGUUCCUCUGUACCGGCCAUAACCAGGCAGAGAGCAUCCUGAGAGCCAUAGGUAGCAAUACAACGAGCGAGACAGUGCGAGCCUACCUGUCAUUGCAGGUAGCCGCGGAGGUGCUUGCGCUUCACUUCAAGAGUAGACUCUCGAGCGUGGACAGAACCGAGCUGGAAACUCGCGAGACAUGCCUGAAGACAGCGUGUCGUGUCGCCAGUCACGCCUGCUCGUACCAAGUCAGCCGCCUUCUGGGCCUGCCCCCCAUCGCCGAAGGAGACGCGCAAGCGCUGCUCGACGCGGUCGUCGACGCGUUCGCCAAGAACCAAGGCUUGGUCCCGUGGAUCGACAGCCGCCGGUGGGUCACCCUGAUAGCGACGUUCAGGAACACGACAGUGACCCUUCCUCAUCGGCUCGUCAGACUGCUCAGUGACCGCAGCACGCCAGUCUACCCCAACAUUAGCGAGUGGUCCAGUGACUUCCUGAACGAGCACCUGACCUUGAUGGGGGAUCACAAGGUGGCGUCCAUAAUUUACCCGCUGCCUGUUGGUAUGAGGCUGCUGGCCGAGCGGCAAAUCGAAGGUGUCUUCACUUUCAGCGAGCCGCUCAACAGUGUCGUUGUUUCGGGUGCUCUCAUGAGUGCACCGGUACUGUACUCCGCCACGAUGCCAAGAGAAUUCAACUUCGGAACUAUCGGUUCCCUUCUGGCCCGUGAGAUCGCGCACGUCAUCACUCCCGCCAGCAGUAAAGAAUGGUGGGACGGGCAUUCGCAAGAAGGCUUCCGAGAAGGCACCGAGUGUCUUCGCAAACUUCAUAGCUCUUUCAACGGAAACCAUUCGGGUUGGAACGUUGCCACUGCAUCGAAGCUGUUCGCUUGGACCAUGGCGGCGAGGACGGCGAUGGAUGCGCUACUCAGCGGUGCUGGAGGAAUCGGCGGUCCACCUGUGCCUGGCAUGCAUGAGCCUCAGACGAGUGCCGAUGCCAUGAGGGCGUUCUUCCGGCGCUUCUGCUUGUUGUCGUGUGGUCGCGACGAGCCCCACAUCUCAGCGCGCAGCCUCUGCAUGAUCCCGCUGAUGGGGAUGCCCGAGUUCGCGGGUGCCUUCCACUGCCCUCGAGGCACGGUCAUGAACCCCAACGACAGCUGCGCUCUAAGAUUCCCUGAGCAGCGAGAUUUGGAGCGUACUAGAAAAUUUUGAUGUGCUUAAUAAAUAAUUUGAACGCGAAUAUGAUGAGUUAGUACGUAAGGCGGUCUUCGGCUGGUUCGGUCAUGGCCAUCGCUGUGUACAUCGAAUGCUGUUGUGCGUGUCCCCGCAGUUGAGUGAAAUACAGGUCUAAUUUUUCGAAGGAGACAUUUCCUGCAAGUACAUGGUACGUAGUAUUUAAUUUAUUUUUAAUAUAGUAUAUCACCGUUAUAAAGCAAGCUAAUCAGA